GUAAUUUGUGCAUUCCAGAACAUAUGUGGGCAUUUAUUAAAAAAAUUAAGUCUAGAAAUGAAGAAAAAGAAAAAGAGGAUUCAGAUGUGGUGAGGAGGAAAGAUCCUUAUAAUUUUUGCUUAGUGUGCACCAACUGUACUGAAAAUUUUCACCCAUUAUUCAAUUUCAAACUUUGUACAACUUGUACGACUACAUAUCUUGAUAAUUUCUUCGAAUUUGAUGCAAGAAAGCAGAAAAAGAGGUUCUGUGUUAUUUGUGGCAUAAAGAAUAGUGAUAAAUACUCCAAUGAAGGAUAUAUCUGGGUUUUCUGCAGUUCAUGCAUUGAAAAUUAUUUUCAACUGCCACCUAAUGAAAUAACUGAACAUUGGACAUGCUUUUUAAAUAAGAAAUGUAUUUGUAAUGAUAAAAAAACAAAGCAUGAUGGUGGUUUAUUGAACGUUCAAAGGGUUUGGUGGAAUAAUCUUUCACAUUCAUAUUUAAAAAUAAAGCCUGAUUUAGACCUUUACACACAGUUUUCAAAAGUGAUAUAUGUUAUUCCUGACUGUAAUAAAAAUGGAACCAUGGAUAUUAACAAGUUGCCUGUUGAUAUGAAAGCUGCUACUAAAAAUUAUAUUGACAUAUGUUGGAAAAACAAAAAAAUAUCUAAUGAAAUUAAACAAAUACUUUCUACAAUACAAGAAAAUAUGAUAGUUUUAUUAAUGGGAUCAGCUGGAGAUAUUUCGGAACCUUGGAAUUAUUGGGAUAAGAACCAAUAUGUACCAGUUAAAAAUUUAGAACAUUUAUUCAUGCAAUUUUACCAUAUUUACAGUAAAAUAAAUGAAUUGAGUCUUAAAAAGCAAAUACAAAUGCAAUGGAUAUUUGAAUGUUCUGCAGCAAUACCAGCAUUUACUCGGAAGAGAAACACAAGAUUUCUUAAUGUUUCUCCGAAAAUCAUAAAUAUACAGAAAAACAAAGGAGAUAAUGGUUUUCGAAUGAUUUGGAGCAACA